AUGGCAGAAGUCUCCUUCGCCAAGACCUUUGUGUCGACUCUUGACACCCGUCCCCUCCAACUAUCAGCCGACCACGUCGAAGAUGCACGAAAGUUUCCCGCUCGGCCUCCACACAUCCUCCCCCGCAUGUCCAAACCCAUGAGCAAACCCAACAGAUCCGCCGCCGUCGCCGCCGGUCAAGAACGCACCGUCAAGGUCACUCUAAAGUCCCUGCGCAACCCGCCCCUGGACAUCAAGCUGUCUGAUCUGCCCCUCACCACCUCAAUAAUCGACAUCAAGGCCCAGGUCACCUCUCAGACCCGCAUACCCGUCAACAAGAUCAAGUUCUUGCACAACAAGAAGCCCGUUGCCGACACCAAGGUCCUCAAGGAUGUCCUGGGUGAAGGAGAGCACACGUCCGUCGAGUUCUCCAUCAUGAUCAUCGGCGGCGCUGCGGCUAUUCCGCCACUGCCGACCGAGGAGGAUGCUACGGCGGCGGCAUCACCCGCUGCUGCUGCUGUGGGUGCUGCCGCAUUGGAGACUGACGAGUUCUGGUCUGAUCUCAAGGGUUUCCUUACGCAGCGCCUCAAAGACGAGCAGGAAGCUGCCAAACUAUCUACGUUGUUCAAGUCAAGUUGGCAGAGCAGUUAG